UCACUGUCGCGACAUCGGUUGGUAAUUGGUGUGCGUUGAGUUGUUUGUAUCGAUAAACAAUCAAGCAUCUUUUUCACACAUCUUCCCAUGGAAUCUCUGGGGAAAUCGGAAUCCUUGGCUCCGGCAAUGUCCGUGGGUGGCAAGAAGGGUACAGGAGCUGCAGUGAUAGCAGGUAGGAAGAAAUCCGGACCGAAGUUUGAGCUUUCCGAUGAGCAGAAAGCAGACAUCAAGGAAGCCUUCGAUCUCUUUGACACCGAAGCCAGUGGAUUCAUCGACGUGAAGGAGCUCAAAGUGGCCAUUAGGGCAUUAGGAUUCGAACCCAAGAAGGAAGAGAUCAAGAAGAUGGUAGCAGAAAUCGAUAAAGAUGGCACAGGGAAGGUUUCCUACGACGAAUUCCUGCAGCUGAUGACCGUAAAGAUGGCUGAAAAGGACACCCGGGAGGAAAUCAUGAAGGCCUUCAGGCUCUUCGAUGACGACGAGACUGGGAAGAUCAGCUUCAAGAACCUCAAGAGGGUAGCCAAGGAAUUGGGUGAGAAUCUAACAGACGAAGAGCUCAGAGAAAUGCUAGAUGAAGCUGACCUAGAUGGGGACGGGGAAGUCAAUCAGGAUGAAUUCCUGCGGAUUAUGAAGAAAACCAGCCUCUACUAGAGGAAAACUGAAAAAAAUCUUCCGCCGGAGUCAAGUUAUUCGUGUGCAUUUUCUUAUCUCUCUUAUUCCGACAUCCUUGGAUGCAACUUAUAUUUUUUUUAACUGUGGUAUUAUACUAUUUUAAUGUAAUCUGAGCCAAUGUGCUUAAUACACCAAAAACCAAUUAAAAUA